UUAGAGACAUGCCUUGGUCUAGAGAACAACGUUCAAGACUUAUUGCGGCCGUUAAGAACCAUGAAAUAUUGUGGAGAACUUCUCAAAAUAAUCGUAACCAUCAGCAACUUAUGCGUGAAGCUUUAGAAAUAGUUCAUCAUCAAUUUGAGGGUGAUGGCUUUACAUUUGAUGAAGUUAAGCAGCAAUGGAGAAAUUUAAAAGAUAUUUUUUAUAAAAGAUAUGAAGUUAGUUUAAAAAGAGCACAAAGUGGAGAACAACCAAAUAAAGUUAAACCUUGUUGGGCACAUUUUGACGAACUUAAAUUUUUAUUGACAAAUCAACAAUGGGUAGAUCCGGAAUUUAAAGGGCGUCAUAGAAGGUGUUUGGCCUAUAAUAAUAGUAUUGAAUUUACUGAUUAUACUUUUGACUAUUCAAUUGACAAUGAAGGAAAUAAUAAUAAUUUAUUAAAAAUAAAAGAAGAAUUAAAAAAUACUGAGGAAGAAGAAGGAGGAGGGGAAGGGGGGUCUUCAAAUAAUUUAUCAACAACAAAUAUUUUAUAUAAUUUAACUACAACAAUUGUGGAAAAUAAAGAAUUUAAUAAUAAUAUUAAACAACAAAGUGAACAAAAAUAUUUAAAUAAAAGAAAAAGAAAAAAUAUUUUAAAUAAUACUGAUAAUUGUAUUGAACAAAAUAAUAAUAAUUUAAAUAAGCAACAAGAUAGAUUUAAAUAUUUUGGUUAG